GCUUUUAUAUUUUAGAAAUUAAAAUUUAUUUUGAUUGUCAUUUAAAUUAUUAAAAAAAAAACGACUAAAUAAUUACUGUUCAAUUUUCUUCAAAGAAUGUCAAUGAAACAUGGUGAAAAGUGAUCGUCUUAAGAUUAUUUAAUGAAUAAUUAGAGAUAGAAAGAAAGCCACAGAUUUAUUACUUACAUUGUGAAAAUUAAUUCGAAAGUCUACAUCUUGUGAAUCGAGUCACAUGUAAACUCAUCGAUCAAAAGGGAAUGUUUAUUUUGUUUCAUUCUGUCUUUAAGUCUCGAACGGAUAUUGCAAAGGUUAGACCGAUCGACAAUACGAUUACUUGACGACUUCAUUUUGAAGUAAACACAAUUAAAGUAUAAUGGCGGGUAGUGGAGAACUUUGGGUACAAUGUUUUACUUGUUGUUUAAUGCAACAAGGACCUAGAACACGUAAUGGAAGGCAAAGGUCACAUCAGAGACUAAGGAUAGAUCGUAGCAUGAUAGGAGUACCUACAAACUUUAGGCAUACUGGACAUAUUAGUAGUGGAGAUCUUGAUAUGAGCAGUGCACAAUUAUCAAAUAUUCAAGCACAAAUGCAAAUGAAAGGAGGCUAUGAUAAUGCAUAUAGUGUUAAGGCAUGUUGAAAAUAAUACAUUUUGUUGCAAAUUAUUCUCAUAUUAAUAAUUAAAGCAAAUAAUUUUAUAACAGAAAAAGAUGACAGUUAUGUUCUCUUUAUGAAGAUGAAUAUAUAUGCAGCUAUAUCAUAUUUUCAGAAGAAGCUCAAAGAAGAUAUAUUAAAUAUGUUUAAGAAUAAGACAAACAAGAACAAAUUCUAAAAUAUUUUUACUUCUUGAUAUUAAAUAAAUAUUAUGUUAAGUUACUCUCAUUUGUAUAGAAAUGAUUUUACAACUAAACUAAUUUUCUAAUUAUAAGAGAGCAUUUAAUUUGCAUAUUUUUAAAAUGUUAUUUUCAUUAAGACUGGAUACUUAAUAGAAACAAAAACUGCCAUAUAUACAAC